AUGGUCCGCCAUGAUCACGCUCUGGUCCCUUGGCGUAGACAGUUUGCCGCCCCGGGGAAGCCAACUGCAGACCACCGUUUGUCUCCUGGGCGGCUUGCCGGGGCACUGGUGCCCAGGCGAGUCAGCUGGUCGCGUACGUGGUCCGAGCCUGCUCGGGCUCGGCUGAUACUACCCCGUCCACCCCCGUCGUACCGUAGCAACCCGUGCGUUACGCAUACAGCUGAGCCUCGUCAGGACGACCACCCCUGUAACUCGCGGGUGUCCGACCCUCCUCGAUCCGGAGCCCCCCUGCGUUCCGCCGGUAAGCAUACCCCCGCGAGUCGGGCCUCCCGGACUGUUGAACGUGACCUGCACGCUGAUCGUCUGCGCGCACCCCUAGAUGCCACUCUUCCGCUCGAUUGCGUUUCCACUGGGUGGUUCCCCUCUUGGUAACGAACCCAAUCCCCCUUCUUAUCCUCUUAUGUGAUCCUGCGGUGGCGCCCCCCGUCUUUUUUGCUGUGGCCGUGUCCCCGCGAGGGGGGCACCCGAUUCCCACCGCCGGACUCGGGGCUAAUGCGAUCGCAUGGUGGGAGUUGUGAUCUUACCCAGCGGCCGCCCGGCACGCGACGAGCGCCUACCCGCGACCCCCACGGAGUAUCCCCGAACCAGGCGCAGCUACAUGUCACCGACCGUGUGCACGAACACUGCUUCAGCUCGAGUCCGCCGUGUGGCUUCGGUAAGUGUCGUUGUGAACGCGUUGCGUAUCAUAGUUGCCGACCACGGCGACGUCGUUGGCGGAGUUCCACACCCUACCCCAAAUCUGCCGUGGGCAGAAGUCUCUCCUGGCGGCGCGCAGUUACGCUGGUGCCGUCGCCGAUGAAUUGUCCAGCGGAUCGCGCCCGUCCCUGGAGGGGGGACCUCCCUCUGCAAUCCCUUGAGCUCGUGGCACGCUUGCCCGGGGCCCAUGACGGGAUAGGCGGACGUCUCUUUGCUCACAUCGCCGAUCCUUCUCGGCCACGCAGUGUGCCACGGCUCCCCCGCUUGUGAGUUUUGCUUGCUCAACCGAGGUGUGGCAAGCUUAACUUUGUUGGUUCGCCCGUUCAUGCUAUGGUGCCUUCCUGGCUGAGCUGUCGCGGGCCAUAUGGGCACUUUUUGAGCGAGAUUACGUUCGUUAUUUUUCAUCUCUCCGGCUUACGGGUGUGCCCGAGGAUAUGGUCUGAAUCGAGAGGACCCAAGUUACCCUCCCGUGUUUGGAGAGCGUUCAUGGAGCGUUUUGGGGUCUCGGUUAGCAUUACCCUCAGGGUACCACCCGGAGAGGGGGUGGAAAAGUAACGGGAAGGUAGACGUGUAAACCAGGAUGUGGUAGGUUUCUGAGGUCGUAUUCGCCAGGACCGGCACUGAGGAGGGGAACGGUACAUCCCUGGCCGAGAGGCCCAGAACUCUAUCCGCCACUCCUCUACCAACCUAAACCCCUUCCAAUGUGUAUUCGGUUACCAGCCGUUUCUGGCACCGUGGACGCAGAGCAGAUCGAGGCCCCUGCGGUGGAUGAUUGGAUGAGGCCGUCGGAAGAGACGUGGAAACGCUGCCCACGUCCACCUGCCAGCGGGCCGUCAUUCGUCACAAGGCGAGCCGCCGCCGAUCUCAAACACCCGCAUUGGAGGGGCCGGGCCGGUGGUACGCACCGGAGAUCGAAGUUCUGGCUCUCUCCAAGAAACCUACCCCUCCGGUGCCUGCCCUGACGAAGCUGGGGCGGCGGUUGUGGGGCCCCUGUAAAGUCAUGAGAGAUUGAACGAGUGUGUUUUGUUAUAGGUACAUCUACUGUUGAGUAUAAGACAUCUAACCCCUGUUCCAUGUGUUCUUCUCAGGCGUGUGGUAGCUGGUCCACUCCAGGACAAUGAGAUAGGAGAGACUCCUCCGCCCCCACUGGACAUCGAGGGGGGGGCUCCGGCGUACAACGGUCAGUCCAAUUCUUGACUCCAGGACGCGGAUGGGGGGGUCUCCAGUCACUGUGGCAGUUGGGAGGGGUACGGCCCGGAGGAGCGGUGCUGGGUUUGCCGCGGAGGGGACCAUCCUAGGUAGACCCAUCUCUACUGUCGGAGUUCCACCGGGACAUCCCGCGCGCCAUGCCCGGCCUCUGGUCGUCCCCGAGGCCGGGGUCGAGCGCACGGCUGGGCCGCGCGUCAAAAGGGGGGGUACUGUUCACGGUUUUGGCCGAGGCUGCUCCUCUCUGUUGGGCAGGCUCGGCGGUCGUCGUCCCCGGAGUACUAGCUGCCAGCGAUCUAUGGUUAUGUUUGUUUGGUUUGGUCUUGUGAUGUUCUGUACACAUGUGUCUUGUUAGUCCCUCGUUAUUGUCUUAUUUUAGGUCUCGUUGGUUGUUGUGUUUGUCGUUGUGUGUGAUUUGCUCUUCUGUUUUCGUUGUUGUGGAGCUACGUACUUCCCCUCCAGUGUUUUGGAGAGGUUUUUCGGCACAGUUAGUGCGACCGUUAUUUGAGCCUGUGUGCGCCGUGAUUUCGACUGUUCAGGCUAUUGGGCUUAUUUAUCUUACGUGAAUAUUGCACUAAAGUCUUUGGACUGAGCCUGCGUCCUGCGCUUGAUUCAUGCACACAACCCAACAUUCAGCACCUGGACAGUGCAAAAUAAUUACCAAUUAGUAUUAACCACGGAAUUGCUAGAUGUGCACGAGAUGAUGUGCAACUAGAGAUACUGGAGGUGCAAAAGAGCAAAAUAAUAAACACUAUAUGGAUUGAGGUAGUUGGGUGGGCUAAUUUCAGAGGGGCUGGUACAGGUGCAGUGAUCGGUAAGGUGCUCUGAAAUUGGAGUGAACCAACUUUAGGGAGGAAAUGGAAACAUGUUAAAAGAUGUUUUACCUCAGAAACAGCAAAGGCUGAUCAUAGAUGAUAGUAAUCUGUACAACUUGAUUAUUUUACUCACGGUUGGAUCAGUCAUGGAGGGGAUUACGAUGCUUUUGAGGGCCAGGUCUGCAGGUUCUUUAAGGCUCUGAAAGACGUGGCAUUGACCCUUUGUGAUUGUAGAUGGGGGCUCUGACUACACCGAAAAAAAAGUUUGAAAACUCUCAAAAAACGAGCUCAAUCAAGGAUCAACAACCAGCCAACAGCUUGUCCAUGGAACUUCAGGUGAGCGGUGUACUACCAACCCUCAUCAAACAUGUCUUCAAACAGGUCCUCUCCAGCCUGAAGGUCCCUUUCGCACAGUGCAUUUGUGAGGCAGCCCAAAGAAAAUAGCCUCCCUGGCUCGAAGGGAACUGUCCAGUGCUGACCAAUGACAGUGACUUUUAUAUCUUUGACAUCCAGUCAGGAUGUCUGCCCUCUCCCAUUUUCACUAGCAGAAAGUGUCUUGAAACGUGGGAGCUCUAUAAGUCCAUUCCCUGCAAGCACUACACCACAAAAAGCCUUCUGUAGACAUUCAACAUCAACAGACAGGUUCUCCCAGUCUUCGCCGCCGUGGCAGGAAACGACUACGUCAAGUUGCAAAAACAUGGGCGUUUCCCUCAGGUGGGAAAAAUAUCGUCGAUGGAAGGAAGGUUUGCCCGCUUCGACAGCUUGCUGAAUUGGCUGGCCCGUUUCCCGGGGGGCAGAAGGAGGCCUUGGACUCUGUCUCAGGCUUAUCUUUCAUGGAACAACAAACAGAAAAUGGACGCUGCCCUCCAGGCCCUUUCCCCUGGGCAUAGAAGAGUACCAUCUUCCCCCUGGUUGCCUGGAGCGGUUCUUCAACGUGGAUGGGACCAGGCCCCAGCCAUCUCGCAAGCCUCUGAGGGUCCUUCCAGACUGGACUCUGCUGCCGUUGAUGAAAGGUGCUCUUCCCUCCCGCAUGGGGGGGACGUGCUGCUGCUGAGGAGGUGAUGCACAGUGUCAGGUGGAAGAUCCCCGCUGACCCAGUGGGAACAACACUUCACGGCCAUACGCCAGGUACUCUAUGGGCUGCUGCGGGGUGGGAGGGGGCCAGAACAGCAGUCAGAGACCCCAGUGGAUGACGUGGAGGAGUAUUACAGGGAAGGCAAUAACCUGACCAGCACAUGGUUGAAGCCACCCUGCCCAGUGCUGCAAAAACAGCUGCAGCUAGACACUCUGGAUCAGGUAUGUAUACAUGUGUAUGAGAUAGUAUACAUACAUUCAAACAUACUGCUGUUGAUUCUGAAAAUGAUUCAUUCUCUUGCUCUGUUCCUUUAGGCUCCAAGGUCAUGCAGCUUGAGGUGUUUUGGAGACCUUGGUGUGUCCCAGUCCACUUUGAGCGUGUCCUGCCUCAUCUGCGUCUUCCUGUGGCUGUCCCCUGCACGGUUGAGGCACGCCCAUCCUCGACCAGAACUGCCUCUCCUGCGGGCCCCUGGCUAUUAGGAUUGGUGUACGGAGAGCUCUGCAGACAGAGGGAAGAGCCAAAGAGGUAUGGCCCAGAGCAUGAAUGAGAAAAAACACACAAUUUAGAAUUUAUAAAUAUUGAAGUGUGUGAAGUGCACCCCACUGACCCAGUGUUGGAGAGGCUGAGAGGGUUUGAUUCAGAGAGGUGCAAGGAGCCUAGCCCUGGGUGUAGCCCACGCCUACAGCCAAUGGCAGUGCUGCCUGAGAGAAGUCUUGACCUGAACCAACUGCUGUGCCUCCCUCUAGCUGAGCCUCAGUGUGCCUGGUAAGGUGUCCCUUCCUAAAUCAACCCUUGCCCCUAAACCGCCCAGGGUAUUCAUUACUUGUAUUCAGCCCAAGAAAAAGCAAAUUUAACCUUUUUUUUUUUCCCCCCCGGGGGGGGUUCUGGGUGUAAAAGGGGCACUCUGGUGACCAGCUUGUGCCCAAAAAUGAGGGGGGGUUAACACCGGUUUCUCCCUGAGGGAGGCCCUGCUCUGGGCAGUGUAUAUGGCCAUGUGGGACCAUACUAAACCCCCCUGAUGCCGUGGGGCUGCUGUCACCCCCUUGGGUCGGGGCCUUGGGGAGGGCCUCACCUCCAUCCUUGCACACCAGGGGAACCUAA